AUGUUCUGCCUCCGCAGCUGGAUACCCGUACUUUUCUUUCUACUCCGCACAAAUGCUUCGCCCGUGUACCUAGUCCUCUUUAUCUCCGCGACAUACUUCCUCAACCGGCCCUGCGUCUACUGCUCGUUACUCCUCUUCAUACUCGUCGUCGCGCUAUUCGACUUCCACACGCCAUGGUUCGAUCCGCCGCUCCCCGACACAGCAGGGCUGGCACGCAACGAGACAACGCCGCUACUCGAGACAGCUGGUGUCUUUGCGCAAGCGGCUACAAAUAGCGCACACGAGCUGGUCAAGGGCGCAGUUGACGGAGUAAGAGGGAAAGCGAGUGUAGGUGCAAUGAACGAGUGGGUGAAGGGUCUAUUGGGCAAGAAGGAGUGGAGGAUACAGUGCUUGGACGUCUUGAUCCGGAUAUAG